GAUUAAAGCUGUAUCCAGAGCAAGAACACAAAGCGCAAAUCAAGAUGAGUAACGUAUGGAUGAUGAUGAGAAGGUUCACCAACAAUUACCUAAGUGCCCUGAGAAACGUAAAAAAUAUUCAAAAUAGUCAUGCACAUAUAUUUCUAAAGGGAUAUAAUGACAAAGCUUCCCAGAACUCAGAGCCCAAUGAAAACCUCCAACCAGAAGAUUCCAAUUUAGUGGACAAGGCUCCCAAUGAUUUGAAGGAGGGAUCGAAUCCUGCCUCUUCUGAAGAAAAAAGUCAAUUGGAUUCUACUGAUUCAACUGAGAGUGUGAGGGGUCCAAAAAAGCCACCUAUUCAUAAGGGAGGUGGUCCUAUACACAAUAAGAAGCACGAAGAAGAAUAGUAGUAGAAACGUACAAUAAGCCUUUGUGUGGACUACGGUAGUGAAAGUUGUGCGUUUGGUUUGCCUCUUGUUUAUCCAUGGGCAGAUUUAAAUGAUAAUAUAUAGUUAUGAAGCUAGAACUAUUUUAAGCAAUGUAUUCUGCGUAUAUAGUGACAACUUGCAUCGUGUGCAUCGGGUGUACUUAAACUCAGUCAAAAACUAUAUUUAUUUAUAAUGUCUGUAAGGUAUAAAUUAAUUUCAGGGUAUUACUAACCCUAAUCCUCUCUCAA